AUGCAUGGCGUUAAAAGGAAACAAUGGACCAAGGAACUAUUGAGACAAAAGAGAGUUCAAGACGAAAAGAAAAUAUACGAUUACAGAAGGUUGACUGAAGAUGUUUUGAAUUUGAGAGAUGAGCAAGUUCAUUCAGUUGAAGCUCUGAAGAAAACAUCAGAACUUUUAGAGAAAAAUCCCGAGUUCAAUGCUAUUUGGAAUUACAGGAGGGAUAUCAUAACCAAUUUGGCUUCUGAGUUGGAAAUACCUUUCUGGGAUAAAGAGCUAGUCUUUGUAAUGAUGCAAUUGAAGAAUUACCCCAAAGUCUACUGGAUAUGGAAUCAUAGACUUUGGGUCUUGAAACAUUAUCCUACAGAUUCACCUGAAGUCUGGCAAACUGAACUUGCUGUCGUAAAUAAGUUAUUGGAACAAGAUGCAAGAAAUUACCAUGGGUGGCAUUAUCGCAGAAUAGUUGUUGGUAACAUAGAAAGUAUCACUAAAAAAAGUCUUGACAAGGACGAGUUUGAAUAUACGACGAUAAAGAUUAACAAUAACAUUUCUAACUAUUCCGCAUGGCACCAAAGAGUACAGAUCAUAAGCAGAAUGUUUCAGAAAGGAGAAAUUGAAAAUCAAAAGGAGUAUAUUCAGACUGAAAUCUCUUAUAUCAUCAACGCUAUGUUUACCGACGCCGAAGACCAGUCUGUGUGGUUUUACAUUAAGUGGUUUAUCAAAAACGACAUUGUUUGUAAAACUCUGGACAAACAAGAGUAUCUUCAAAUGCUGAAAGAUCUAAGAGAAAACGUUUUGUUAAUAAACAAUGACGAAAUUGAAUUUUCUGGGAAGCAAAACAUUUGGUGUUUAAAGAUUUUAUUAGUUCUAGAGGACGUUUUGGAAGAAAACGAAGCUCUAACGGAAAAAAGCUCGGAGGGGUAUUUGGCCCAGUUGAUAGAUGCUGAUCCGUUAAGGGAAAAUAGAUACCUACAUCUCCUGGGACAUCAUGAGUGA